UCACCCAGUAAGGUAAAGUUAAUGAUAAUUCAUAAGAGAGAAUUUGACAUCCUCCUUGACUGUCCUAAACCCUAAACCAAGGGUCUUCAUUUUCAGACCAAGAUUUUACAUGCUACUAUGCUGGUAGUAGUACAGCUGUAAGACCUUUUUUUAUGUUUCAUCAUCAAAGCGUAGAAGUAUAGACACAUUCUCUCUCUCUCUCUCUCUCUCUCUGUUCGACUUUUUUUAGAUCUAGCCAAAAGUCUCCUCUAUCUCCAAGCCACACUACUUCUGGGUCUGUAAUAGCUGAAGCUAAUGGAGUUCUAUUUCUUCGAGACGGUGUUGGCGAUUAUUGUGGUAGUUGUGACAUGGAUCGGUGUCAUAGCCAGUCUUAAGUGGAUAUGGAAGAGUUUGUUCAGUUACACGGUUGAAAAGCCUGAGCCAGUAUCAGAGGAUAAUCAAGAACUGGUUGACGUCGAUGCCUUUGCAUCUCUUCCUUCAUCCUCAGCUCCUAGGUGGAAGUAUGAUGUGUUUUUGAGUUUCAGGGGUGCAGACACUCGUAGGGGUAUUACAUCCUUUUUAUAUGAUCGACUGCAAAAGAGAGGAAUCAAAACAUUCAUGGAUGACCAAGACCUUGACGUAGGGGAUGUUAUUUCUCCCACUCUCCUAACGGCAAUUAAAGAAUCAAGGUUUGCAAUUAUUGUUCUCUCCCAAGACUAUGCCUCUUCCACUUGGUGUUUGGAGGAACUUAGAAACAUUUGUGAAUGCAUGAAAGGAGACAACAAUAGAAUUCUACCACUUUUUUAUGAUGUGGAUCCUACUGAUGUACGACAUCAGAAGAGGAGUUUCGGAGAUGCUUUCACUAAGCAUGAAAAAUCUGGGCGACACAGAUCAGAGAAGGUGCAGCAGUGGAGAGAUGCUUUAAAAAAAGUGGCAAAUUUCUCUGGAUGGCAUACACUGAAUUAUAAAACAGAAAGAGAACUUGUGGAUGACAUUGAGGAAUCUGUGUGCAAUAAAUUACGACCCACUGGACUUGAGCUUAAAAUGUCCAUUGGAGGUUUUAAAGCAUUUGAAGCAACAAAACAAGCCAUUGAUGAGGUUAUGAAUGCGCUAAAAGAUGAUGAGGCCACUACCAUUGGAGUCUACGGAAUGGGGGGCGUUGGAAAAACGACAAUGGCGAAGUAUGUUGGAGCACUAGCCCAAGAAAGGAGGCUUUUUGAUAAAGUGAUUAUGGCUGUUGUAUCCCAAAACCCUGACUUUAUGAAAAUUCAACAAACAUUUGCAGAACAGUUGGGCUUGAAAUUGGAGGAGAAGACAGAAAUUGUAAGAGCCCGUAAAUUGGAGGAGAAAAUAAUGGGAGAAACCCGGAUCCUCAUAAUCUUGGAUGACAUUUGGAAGAGAAUAGACUUUUCAGACAUUGGAAUUCCGAGCCAUUCCAAAGUUCUACUGACCACCAGAAAAUUGGAUGUUUGCCGUUCCAUGGAUUGCCAUGCAAACAUACGUCUCAAUAUCUUAUCAGAAGAAGAUUCUCUGAAUUUAUUUGUGAAGGAAGCAAGGAAGUACCCUCUUGACAAAUCAUCCAAUUUCUAUGAUGUAGCGAGUGAGGUGGCUAGAGAAUGCGCUGGUCUUCCUAUUGCUUUGAUAGCAGUUGCGAGGGCCCUUCGAGGUGAAGGUUUGGACAGAUGGAAAGAAGCUGCUCGACGACUAAAAGUGUCUCAACCCCCCAUCCUUGAAGAUGAGGGAGAUGUGUUCAAAUGCAUAAAGUUAAGCUAUGAUUACUUGAAAUCUGAUGUUUCGAAAUCAUGCUUCUUGCUUUGCUGCCUGUUCCCAGAAGAUUAUGAUAUCCCAAUUGAAUACUUGCUCAAUUAUGGAAUUGGGAAAGGAAUGUUUCAAGAUUCCGACAUGCUAGACGCCCGCGCCACAACAAAUUCAGCGGUGAAGGCCCUUAAAGAGUCUAGCUUGCUUUUGGACUCUAGAGAAGACGGAUUGCUUUGGGACUCUAGACAUGAAGGACGUGUAAGGAUGCAUGAUGUCAUUCGGGAUAUGGCAAUAUUGAUAUCAUUAUCUGAAGACGGCCCGCGGUUCUUUGUGAAAGUUGGCUGUGAAUUGAAGAAUUGGCCAAGGAUUGAUGCACGUAAGGGCUACUCUGCAAUCUCACUAAUGAAGAACAAAAUUUGCAAGCUACCCGAAGAGUUGGUAUGUCCAAAUCUCCAGAUUUUAUUACUGCGAGACAAUGCUUCUCUAAAUGAGAUCCCAGAAUCUUUCUUCCAAAGUCAGAAAGAAUUAAGGGUCUUGGAUCUUAGCCACACUGGUAUUUCAUUACUACCCCAAUCAAUCAGUUUCCUAACCAACCUUCAAGCUUUGUAUUUAGAUUACUGCAAGGACAUAACUGAUAUUUCUGUAAUCGGAAAACUUCACAAGCUUGAGGUUCUUAGUAUGAAAGGAAAUGCUCUGAAAGAAUUGCCCAGAGAAAUAGGACAGUUGACCAAUCUAAGGAUGCUGGAUGUCAGUGCUGAAGUUAUUGGCACAGUUCCAUCUAAAGUGAUAUCAAAGUUACAUAAAUUAGAAGAACUGUACAUGCAAUGUGGAUUUUGGGACUGGGGGAGUAAAAUUGAUGGAGAAGGCGAAGAAACUAAUAUUGGCUUUGAUGAAUUAGCUGGUUUAUCAUAUUUAAGCAAUUUGAAAGUUCUCUCUGUAAAAGGUCGCUGUGAGAACUUGAAAGAAUUGAUGAAUGCAAUAACAUGUGUUCCAUAUAUGCCUGUGUAUGAGAACUUGGAAGAGUUGCAUCUGUUUAGCCUGGAUGAACUGAAGCAGUUAUGUGUUGGUGAGUUACCAGUUGUAUCUCUCUGCAGUCUGAAAUUAUUGGAGGUCCGUCAGUGUCGUAACUUGGGGAAUGUACUGUUGCCAUCAAAAUUGUUGCAGAAACUAUCAAAUCUGGAAAAACUACUCUGCUCUGAUACGAAAGUGGAAUAUAUGUUUGGAUGUGAAGGAUUUGAGCCAGAUCAAACAAAUCUGAGAGAGAUGGAGUUACAGAAUCUACGCGCAGUAAGAAGCAUAUGUAAUGGUCCUGCUCCACGUGUAAUGUUCCACGCUUUAAAGGAAUUGUUCAUUGACAAUUGCAACUUCCAGGGAAGUCUCUUCACAUUUGAUGUAGCUCAGUGUCUUUUUCAAUUGGAAACUCUUACUGUAUCCGAAUGCCCUGUCUUGGAAAGAGUAAUCGAAGCAAGGAGGGAAAUAUUGAAGAACAGGAAGACCAUUCUUCCAAAAUUGAAGUUCUUAGCUUUGCUAGAUCUUCCAAUGUUGUACAAGGGAAGUGCUACUAUUGAUUUUGAGUGUCCUUCAUUGGAAAACUUGUAUCUGGAUGGCUGCCCCCACUUGUCACUUCCAUCCUCUGCUGCUGCUGACUACUUCCACAGCAGGAACCAAGUCAAUGAUGAGAAGAAGCCGUGUCUCAGUUUGGUAGACAUUAAAGCGUCCCUGUUCGUAAAGCGUUUUUAUGAACAACUGCGAGAACAGAAGGACGAAAAUAGUGGCCGGAAGCUUGAUGAAAGCAGUGAUCAGACCUGGUGGAGGUGCUUCAACACCUGAAGAUGGUGAUCAGGUUGGGCUUACAUUACGCUUUCUGAAGCCAGUAUCGCAAUUGAACUGUGUAUAAAAGCAAAUGGUGGAAGGUAGAUUAGUUUUUUCGAUUUGCAGUUCAUAUAUCAUUGCACUGUUAGAACAUUGGAUGGAGUUAUUGUUGAAUCUUCAAGAUCAGAAUUUGGUGCAGCCAGUGAAUUGUACACAGAGCUGAUCUACAAAACCCACAUGGCCAUACUACUGGGAGCUGGCCAACAGCUGCCGACGGGUUCCACCUUUCUUUACUCUGAAUUUUGUUCUAGGGGAAUCAAAAUAUUAAAUUGGCUCAUGUAAUAGAAAGUAUUGAAGGGGUGUAGAUGGAGUCUCAUGGCAAGUCACUCAAGCUAUUGACUGCAGUUUCCCCAGUAACAGAGGCAUUUAAUCUAGCUGACGAUAUUUUACGACAAGGGGUGUUCGUGGUAUCUCCGAUAUAAUCACGAUUCCCGGGCUGGCAAAUGUCGACUUUGCUGAUGUAAGGGCUAUAAUGGUGAAUGCGGGUUCUUCAUUGAUGGGGAUAGGAACUGCAACUGGUAAUUUGUGAUUUACUAACUAGAAUGUUUACAGUGCUAAUAUGAUGUCAGAGUCAGAGGCUUCACGUACUUAUGAUUUUGGACAUGAUUGUGGUGGAACCUAAUUACCAUAGUGCCUUCCAUGAUGGCAUCACUGUGGGUAACCUUGUGAAAGUUACUUUUAUGAAUGACAUCAAGAACUUAUCAGUUUAUUGGGUUAGUGUGUGAGGAGGAAGGUGAUCUAAUACCUGGUUUGUUAGAAUUUAAAUAUAUAGGUAUUUGUUCCUCAAUAAGGUACAGGAUACGGCCAUAAGCUUUGAGAAAUGUUUAUUUGAGAAAUUUUUUUUACUGAGAAUGAUUUCUUAGUAUUGGAGAUGGUCUGAAUAUGUAGUUUUAGUUGCAUUCUCCAUGUCCUGUGAUUUGGAGUGUGCAUGUCAAUAAUUUUGAUACUAAAAUGACUGUGUCAUCAACAUAGAGAAUUCAAAUUCUUUGGUCGUAGCCAAUCCCAUCUUCUAGAUGUAUGCUUGUUAGUUGUGACUCUAGUUCAAUGCAGAAUUUUACAUCUUUUUUGUUUUGGAAAAAUUUUAAAAUGACUGGAGUUCUGUGUGAAUUAGCCAUCAGCUGUGGGAUUCGCACAAAAUAUUUACUUCAAGGGUUAUAACUUAUAAGGAUUGUGUGAAAUUUCUUUGGAUGCUUUUCAAGAUAUAACAUAUAUCUCCAUUUCUGCCUUCUAUAACAUGUUCACCAAGUUAUCUACAACUAUGAAUAGUUUUGUCAUGUGAUUGAGUAGUGGUGCAUUAGCAGUUCAUUUCAUCAGAGCCUAUUUCCUUGUGCGAGGAACAUUCAUCCCAUUUUUUUUUAUGUAAGCAGAUAACUCUGUUUUUUUUUUCCUUCCUCUUUGGGAAUAGGGAAGACAAGGGCAAGAGAUGCUGCUUUAAAUGCCAUUCAAUCAUCUUUAUUAGAUAUUGUUAUAGAGAGGGCUACUGGAAUUGUCUGGAACAUAACUGGUGGAACUGAUUUGACACACUAUGAGGUAAAUGCUGCAGCAGAGGUUAUAU